AGGAAAAAAAGCGUAUAUAUAUAUAUAUAUAAAGGAGACUUGUCAGGGUCUGUGUUCCUCUGGGGACACAGAUUCUCGGCUGAUGUAAAAAACCAAUCAAGAAAGUUCCCUUAUUGAUUCGUGAAAACUAAUUAUAGUCCAGGAAAAGAGAUCUCUGGCUGGCCAGAAAAAAAAAAAGUUUCAGAGAAGUUUCAAGAUCCUUUGAUUUUACUAUUAUUAUCAUUAUUUUAUUUUUAUUUGUUUUCUCCAUAAGGGGGUGUUGUCUUGGUAGCUGGGGCCUAGUCGAUCGGGAAGAACUUGUCUGGUCGAGACGGUUUAUGAGCACGAGAUCCCGCCACUCGAUACAGGCAGGUAGGCCACUGUGAGUUAGAAUGAAGCAUAUGAAUCCUACUCUGAAGAUUGCGGCGUUUUUUAUGCUUCUUCUUGGAUUGGCUUUUGCCUCUUCUGUCAAAAAUGAUUUUGGACACUGCGAAAGAGUUGUCAAAAGAUGGGUGUCAUCUUCCCUCGAUCAAGAUAUCAAAGAGGACAAACAUGCACUUCGGGAUUUGCUGUUCUUCCUCCAUAUCCCAAGGACCGGAGGGCGGACAUACUUUCAUUGUUUCUUGAAAAAGUUGUACUCUAGCUCUGAUGAAUGCCCUCGUUCUUAUGACAAGCUGCGAUUUGAUCCAAGCAAACAGAAGUGCAGGCUGUUGGUUACACAUGAUGACUAUAGUCUGAUAUCCAAACUUCCCAGGGAGAAAACAUCAGUCGUGACAAUACUUAGAGAUCCUACUGAUCGUGUAUUUAGUACUUAUGAAUUUUCAAUAGAAGUGGCUGCUAGGUUUUUGGUGCACCCUAACUUAACUUCUGCUACACAAAUGGCUGGUCGAAUACGGUCCAAGACAACUGGAGUAAGCACAUUGGAUAUAUGGCCGUGGAAGUAUCUAGUUCCAUGGAUGAGAGAAGACCUAUUUGUCCGGCGAGAUGCCCGAAAGCUUAGGGGCAUAGAUCAUAUUGAGAGCAAGGAUCCAUACAACAUGCAAGAAAUGGCUAUGCCAUUGGAUAAAUACAUUAAUGACCCUGUAGCUCAUGACAUUGUUCACAACGGAGCAACAUUUCAGAUUGCAGGAUUGACGAACAACUCUUAUCUACCAGAAUCACAUGAAGUGCGUCACUGUGUACAGAAAUAUAAGAUUCUUGGUCAACAUGUGCUUCGAGUUGCAAAGAGGAGGUUGGACAAUAUGUUAUACGUUGGUAUCACUGAGGACCAUAGAGAAUCUGCAACAAUGUUUGCAAAUGUGGUUGGCGCACAGGUGAUUUCGCAGUUGGUAGCAUCAAACUCUACUACAGAGAGGGGUCGUAUUAGCAAGUCAGAACAGAGCUCUUCAUUUUCUGAUUCUGAACCAGAUAAUAUCGAUAAUCAGAGUAAUACCUCGGCCAACAAGGCCACUCAGAUUGCCUCAACAGAAAAUACUGCAGAGAAGAGUGAAAAUAUAACUGAGAUGACCGUUGAGCAACUUAUGGAACUCUAUGGAACUUGCAUUUCUAGCUUGAGGAAGACACAAGCACGUCGACGAACCAACUCUUUAAUGAGAAUCUCUCCUGCAAAUUUUUCGAAGGAGGCACGUCGUCAAGUUCGUGACUCAGUUAUCCAGCAAAUAAGAACACUUAACAACCUUGAUCUAGAGCUCUACGAGUAUGCUCGUGUUAUCUUCAAAAAACAACACAAGCAAGCAACAUCAAUG